AUGUCUACUGAGGCACAAACCCGGCCGGCGGCCUCGCGUGGCAGAGGCGGCGGCCGUGGCGGUCGUGGAGGCCAGUCGCGUGGUGGUGCUCGUCAACAGACCAGAACCAACGGUGACAAGUUCGAUUCACUCGAUGCAAUUGAGGACGAGGGUGAGAUUGGCGAGCUGAAGAAGCUCUAUGGCGCCAAGACGGCCUUGAUCAAGGAGAUGUUCUCGGACUGGUCCGAGGUCGACAUUCUCUUCGUCCUUCAGGAGACUGAUGGCGAUGAAAACCUGGCUGUGACCAGGAUUGCUGACGGCCAAGCCUCUCAAUGGGGUGAAGUCUCAAAGACCAAGAAGGAUCGCUCAAAGUCCAAGGCACCCAAGGACGUGACAUUCACUACUACUACUGGUGAAACCGCUCCAGGCUAUAACAGACCCUCGCGGGGUGGACGUGACGGUGGUCGUGAUGGUGGACGCGGUCGUGGAAGGGCCACGGAACGCGGCGGCCGUAGCACGCGUGGCCGGGCCGUUUCUGCUGGUGCGAACGGUACCCAUAACGACAAGAGCAAUGAUCUCUCUGUUCCUACCGAAGAGUCCCCCGCCUGGGACAACGCGAAAGCCGAUGAGACGCCCGCUUGGCCAAGCGCGACUACCGAGGCACCUGCCGCACCCAAGUCUACUGCUCCUCCCACUACUACCGCUCCUGCUCCUUCCAAACCCGCCGUCUCUACCUGGGCUAGCAUGCUUAGACAAUCGACUGCUCCUAAGCCUGCUCCCGUAAAACCCAAAGCUGCCCCCGCACCUCCGCCUGCCGAGACAGUUGAUCCGCUCCCUGCCGCGACCGAACCCGCUGCUGAGGAGCCUGAACCUAUCGAAGAGCCGCCCAAAGAACCCGUCAAGGAAGAACCGGCUCCUGAACCUAUCCCCACUGUUGUGCCAGAGGUUGCACUCCCGCCUUCUCAGGAUCAGUUGACAGAGACGAACCUGGAGCAGAUCACAGAUACUUCCCAUCCUCCUGAGACCGAGACUGCCCACAGCGAGGCUGCUGAUUCAUGGGACCCUCGCACUGCUGCUCUCAGUGCCACCGCAACGCCUCUUUCUGCUUCUCAGCAGCAACACCAAAAUGCGCAGUCCUCGAGGGCUGCCACCAGCGGUUUCGCAGCCACUGCGAUCAAGGCUACGGAGCGUGCGGCUACCCGGACUCCGAGCUACGGCCGCAGGCUUCUCGAUCAGGAGGAGGCUGUGCGCAUGCCCACCAACCGCGAGGUUGACCGUGCCACGGUUCAGUUUGGCGCUCUGAACUUUAGCGGAGAGGAAGACAUCGACGGCGAUCGUGAGGAGCCUGAGACCAGGGCACAGCCCCCAGUCGACUCGCCUGUCUCGCAUCCCCGCACUUCGCUUCCUGUAGCUCAGCCCGCUGCCGUUCCCGACUCUUUCGCUGCCCAGAAGCCGGUAGCUGCCCCUGCCGCCGCUACUCCUACGGUACCUGCAGACCUCACAGUUCCAUCUGCGAUUGCUCCCCAGCAACCCGCUGCUAUGGCUCAAGCUCCCCAACAGCCCCCGAUCAGCCAGCCUUCUCAGCCUCACCAAGGCUUUGGCCGUUUCGGCCAGGACCAACACUCAUUCGGCCAGAAGCCUUACGAUGCUUUCGGUCAACCCAACAUGACCAACCCUCCCGCUGCCACUCAACAUCAAUACGAUGGCUUCCAGGGCCAGGCCCCGGCUCAGACUCAGCCCCUCACUCAGGCUCCGGCUCCCGCAGCUGCUCCUGCCGCUAUGAGCUCUGCACCCAACGACUACUCGUCAUUUUACACCGCUGACCCAUCUUCCAGGGCUCCCUACAGCGGUUACUAUGGUAACAACUUUGGCCAGCAACAGGCCAGCCAGGGGCAUCAGGAUGGUCCUGGGCGCUCACUUGCUGCUUACAAUACUUCUCAGGCCGACCCCUUGAGCCAGUAUCCCCAGAGCGGCGCGCAAGCUCAGGCUUCGUCUCGCUUCGGCGCCGGGUCAGCCCUUGACUCUCAAAACAGCGGAAACAACACCCCGCAGCCGCCGGGUCAGAACCAGCAGCAGGCUGGCCAAAACACCCAGUCGCAAGCCCAGCAGGCUCAGCAUCAGUACCCCUACGGAGGGCAACACCCGUACCAAUACAGCCCUUACUAUGCUGCCUACAUGAACCAGCAGUACAACAGUGCCUACGGCCAAGGAGGUUACGCCAGUGGUCCCUACGGCUCCAAGGGUGGUGUUUACGGUCAACCCACUCAAUAUGGAAUGAACCCCCCGUAUGACCACGCAUCCACCGGAGCGAGUGGAUUCGGCCAGUCCUCGCUGCACCGCAACGACAGCGGGCUGGGAUCUGGCCUCGACUACGGUCGCGCCUCGGCCCAGUCUGCCAAUCAGCAGGGCCUCGGAAGCGGUGGUUUCGGCGGAGGUGUGCAUGAUAACUUUGGCCGUGGUUCGUCAUACCAGUCCCAGGCCGGCCAGGGCUUCAACAACCCAAGCCAGCAGGCGGCUAACGCCCCGUCAGGCAAUGAUGAUCUGAAGCCCUUUGGCGAGAAGGCUGGCAGCGGACCCAGCCCCUCUAUCAGCGGCGCUCGCCCCAUGUCGGCUGCCAACAACGCGCAGUCUCAGCAGGGCCUCCCGCCCUCGCAAUCCGGCCAACAGGGUGCCGCAGGCAUGGGUGGUUACGGUGGCUACCCGGGCCAUCUCCAGCAGCAGGGACACCACAUCGGCCAAACCGGCGCAGGUGGUUUCGGUGCUGGUGCCGGACAACAGGGACAUGGUAACAACCCCUAUGGUGCCUACGGUAACCAGGGUUUCGGUGGCAGCUACUACGGAGCGCAACCCCGUGGCUGGGGCAACAAUUACCAUUAG